CUGAGCUCCCAUUGGCAAAGUUUUUGCUGCUUAUUUAUUAAUCUACAAAAAGAAACCACACCUGAAAAAGAAAAUAAAUAGUUCGUACAUAAAUGACCUGCUGAGUGAUUUAAAAGAGCAGAGGAAACUAAUUUUCUCUCUUUCACUUUUUUGAAAACACACCUGGUUCAGGUAGUUUGGUGACAAACCUCCGAGGGCGUUGCAUCGAAGCCACAGGCAUUGUCAAGGUUCAGACUGCUUCUGAAACAUUCUUUUCUAAGAUUACAGUGUGAGUGGUGUGGCGCGAUACCAUGUGUUAUAGUGGGCAGCCUCUGUGCUCAGGCAGGGGCCAUGUGCGAUCUAACUCCUCCUCUAGUGUGGGCAGCAGUUCAAGCUCCCAGUAUGCAUUUUGUGCCCUGGGUGUGGGCCUGGUGGCGCUUGGAGUCGUCAUGAUUCUGUGGAGCGUAGUACCACUGGAGGCGCGUGUCAACAACACUGAUGGGCAACAUGGUGGUGUUACCAAUGAAGAAACCAAGCAGAAGACUUCAUCUGUGGCUUUUGUGUUGAUUGGGGCUGGAUUGGCCUUGCUGAUGUUGGCCGUGUGCCUGGGAAUGAGAAACAAGCACAGGAGGGACAGGGGGACACCAACAGCGACUGGUACUCAGUACACGGACCGUAUGUCAGGAGAAGCAGGGGAGACGUCGGCACCUGCCCCAAGCUAUGAUGUGCCUAGCUAUGAUGAGGCUGUGACUAGUGGCCGUUAUCCUAUCCGCCAGAGCAACCUGCGCCAGAGUACCUCACAACUCCCUUCGUAUGAGGACCUGAUUGCUGCAGUGGAAAAUGAAGGAGAAGGACAAGGUGUUGCCAGUACUCAGAAUGCUCCAAGUAGUCAGAAUGCUCCUGGUCCUCACGUUGCCCCCCAAGCAGCUGGAACGAAUGCCCAACCAGCUCGCAGCAGCAGCCGAGCUAGCUCCAUCUUCAGACCUCUCCGUGUUCGCAGGAUUAAAUCUGAGAAGCUCCGUGUGAAAGAUGUCCGGCUGAAUAUCCAGAGCCCUCCCCAGGGAGAACGAAUUACCAUUGAGCCGCUAACACCUCCACCACAGUAUGAGGACAAACCGCCCGAGUUCCCCACAGAAACAGAGUGAUGGCGUGAGUUGUGUAUAAACAUUGUCAAAGUGAAUAUCGGUCUUUAUUUGUGCUACUAUUGCUGUUGGUAUACAGUAGGUCUGCCUCAAAGAAGUGCUGUAAAGAAUUGUUGUUGUUUUGAAAUGGUAUUGAAAUUUAGUACUACUUUGAAAUGUGAUAAUCCACAAGCCAGGAUAAAAUGUUAAGGUGUAUUAAUUUUUAUUUAUUGAUGUUUAAGUUUAAGUAGUAUGCAAUAGUGAUUAAGUCUGUAUAUCGUCAAAUCUGUCUACAUUUCUGUGCUUGAACAACAUUCCAUUGAGCUUAGAAGGACGAGUAUAAAUGCGCAAAAAUGAUGGACAAUAAUUCAUUAAGAAGAAACGGGGCAGCAAGUGAUUGACUAGUAAACCUGUAAAGAUGUUCAGUCGGAAAAAAAAAUCAAUGGCAAAUAGUAUUGUGCUGUGACAAAAUUUCAUUAAUAAGGCAAAGGAAUUGAAAGAAGAAAAACAGCAGCUGUAACAUUACAGAGUUAUUGCUGCUAAAACGUUUUGAAUGUUUACUUUUAGGAAAAUGAUCUUGAUUAUGUACGCCUCCAUGUGUGUUGUGUUAAGGAUGAAUCAUUGUGUGUAAAAUAAAUGGGGGAGUGUCUGUUGAUAUAAUUAUGUAUGCAUAUUAUAAAUGUGUAUUAUGUAUGUUACUAAUGAUACUAUGGGUUGGUAUGGGGUGCGUAUGUGAUUUUCAUUAUAUGUUAU